CCGGCGCUGCGGGCCGCCCCCCUGGCCGCCCUGCACCUCUCCGCCCGCCGCCCCGCUGCCCGCGUGGCUGUGGUCUUGUCUGGAUGCGGUGUUUAUGAUGGUACUGAACUCCAUGAAGCCUCUGCCAUACUGUUCCACCUGAGUCGCAAGGGAGCUGAAGUUCAGAUGUAUGCUCCAGAUAUUCUUCAGAUGCACGUUAUUGACCACACCAAAGGACAGUCUGCUGAGGCUGAAUCGAGAAAUGUUUUAACGGAAUCAGCAAGGAUUGCUCGUGGUAAAAUCACAAACCUGGCUAAACUUACUACACAGGACCAUGAUGCUGUGAUCUUCCCUGGUGGCUUUGGAGCUGCUAAAAACCUAUCCACCUUUGCUGUGGACGGGAAGGAUUGCAAAGUGCACAAAGAAGUCGAACGGGUCCUUCAGGAGUUCCACAAAGCAGGCAAACCUAUUGGGCUGUGCUGCAUUUCACCAGUCCUGGUGGCAAAAGUACUCCCUGGUGCUGAAGUUACUGUGGGACACGAAGUAGAGGAAGGUGGAAAGUGGCCUUAUGCUGGAACUGCAGGUGCCAUUAAAGCACUAGGAGCAAAACAUUGUGUCAAAGAAGUAACCGAAGCUCAUGUGGACUUGAAAAACAAGGUGGUCACUACCCCAGCCUUUAUGUGUGAGACAGAAUUGCAUCACAUCUUCGAGGGCAUUGGGGCCAUGGUAAAGAAUGUCCUGAAAUUAACUGGCAAAUAUAGUGGCGUUUCAUAAAACAAGCUUUAGGAAAGGUUUGAAUUCAGAGUACACCACCAGAAAUAAAAAUCAAUUCUUUUGUAAACCACUGAUGAAACUGAUGAUCUUGUUCCCAGCUGUAUUCAGAUAAUGCCUUUUUAUGUAGUAGGGGUUUUUUUUGCAGUGAUUAUCAAGCACUUCUUAGCAGAAAGUUCUGCAGAAUGUCUCAUUAGGAAGAGGCAGUGUGUCCUAAAUCCUAAAGUCUUGUCUUGGACUUAAGCUUCUGAGUAGGAUUACAUGGGAAUGAUCUGAGGCCAGCCAGCAUG